AUGAAGGAGAAAAAGGGGAGAAAGUUCGUUCGCGGGAACAGGGAAGUGAAGAUGUAUCGCCGGAAAACGCAGCAAAGAUGGAGAUUAGAGAAGAAAGCAGCAAAGGGAGAUUUGGGUAACACUCAAUUUCAUCAUCAUGCUUCAAAACUUCUGAAAUAUGGCGUGGAGGCUUUUGGCAUCACGCGCUCUCGCAAAAAUUCCCUUCCACAACAAUCUCUACUCCGAUUCCUCAUUUCCAAAAACAAGGUUCGUGGCCAGGAACCUAUUUUUGAUCUGCUCUAUUAUACGAAAGCAUGUUCUUUCCUUGGAAACAUAGGCUUUCAUUCAUGUCCAUUUUUAAAGUAUAAUAGUGAGGUUGUGGAGCAACAACAUCAGGAUUCUGAGAAGGCUUUAAGUGCUAAUGAGGGUGAUGGUAAUGCCAAAGUAAAGAGGAAAAAGUUUAAGGGGAAAAGAGCUGUUGUAAGAUGGCUGAAGUUCUUUAGAUUUAAGAAGAAGAAAGAGUAUGAAAGGAUGACAGCAGAGGAAAAAAUUUUAUACAAAUUGUUAAAGGCCCGAAAGAAAGAAGAGAGACUCUGUGAAGCCCUGAGAAAGAUUGAGCCUGCUGAAUCUUCAGAGACAACCCAUGAUCCUGAGAUAUUGACCCCAGAAGAGCACUUUUUCUUCUUAAAAAUGGGCCUCAAAUGCAAAAAUUAUGUACCAGUCGGAAGACGAGGAAUUUACCAAGGUGUAAUUUUGAACAUGCAUCUGCAUUGGAAAAAACAUCAGACUUUGAAAGUGGUGGUGAAGACAUUUUCAGCAGAUGAGGUUAAAGAGAUUGCUGUUGAUCUAGCAAGAUUGACUGGAGGCAUAGUGCUUGACAUUCAUGAAGAUAACACAAUAAUAAUGUACAGAGGGAAAAACUACUCUCAACCACCAACAGAGAUAAUGUCUCCACGAGUCUCUCUCUCGAGAAAAAAGGCAUUGGAUAAAUCCAAAUACAGGGAUGCCCUCCGAGCUGUGAGGAGACAUAUUCCAAGACUAGAGCAAGAGCUUGAAAUUCUUCGAGCGCAAUUUAAAAGCGCAGCUGAAAGUAAUACUGAUGCUGCUGAGGCAGUCCAGAACAGUGACAGAGAGAGCAUUGAAUAUGGUAGCAUUUCAAAUUUUCAGUCAGAGAAUUCAGACAAACACCAAGAGAUGAUGAAUGAUAAGAUUGGGUUCACAGAGGAUGAUACAGAUAUGGACUCUGAAUUGGAUUCUGAUUCUGAUAAGUUGUCAGAUAUAUUUGAGACAGAUUCAGAUACAGAGAAUUUCAUAAAGGAGGAAAAACCUCUUUAUUUGGACGAGUUUGAUAAGUUUCCAGAUCAAAGCGAUGGAGAAAUGAAUGAUUUUGAGGAGCAUCUGCGACAAAUGUCUCUGAACUCAAAAAACAUGGAAAAAGACGAAAACUUACCUAAACUGGAUGAAGUUGAUAGGAUUUUUCUGCGUGCUACAUCCUUUUUAAAGAAAAAAAUAAAAUAA